CGGUUGCCGGAAUGGACGCGUGAACACCAUGCGUGGCGGGAUCGCGAAGAGAAUUGGAAGUAGUUCCUCCUAGAAACGUCCCCGAAUAUGAUGAGCCCCUCUUGGUUUCUGCUUCUCCCGCUUCGCUUCACCUUCCUCGGUUGGCCGUUGCAGUUCUUCGUCGGUCACCAGAAGCGAAGGAGAGAGAGAGGGGGGGGGGAGCAAAUGGCUGCUUCGCGUAAGGUGGCGCACGCCGCUUACCGGGGACCGAGCAUCGUGAAAGAGAUCGUCUACGGUAUAGCCCUGGGGAUCUCCGCGGGGCUGGUGUGGAAGAUGCACCACUGGAAUAACCAGAGGAGGACCAAGGAGUUCCACGUAUCUGCUUGAGCGAGGUGUGAUCAGUGCCGUAGUUGAAGACGAGCAGUGGGGUUGGAUACUUUAGUGUACGUACUU